UUUAACCAACGUUUGAGUUACUAGUGUGCAAGGUUAUAGUGGGCGCAUGCUUUAAGCGUUAUUGUUCAGAUGCGUCGUUUUGACUUGUCGUGAAAAUGUGGGGUGGGGUUGUAUGGUUUCUCAACAUGAUCUUGUAACGACCGGUCAACUUUUUACUGGCUUUAACGUUCAUCCAUAAGUAUUUUCAUCUGGUUAGGUAUUAUGGCCGUCACUGCUACUGCUCAGAAUGUCCCCUACAUUUCUAUGAUUGGCUUUUGGAUUAUGAUUUUGUCUUCGAGUGUGUGCGAAACUUUUGUUUUACCUGAAUUCCAAUCGGUUCCUCAAUCAGUUGUUUAUUAUACGACAAAUAAUAAUCCUAUCAACAAAACUUUGAAGAUCUGUUGUGAUAUUUGGCCAAAAUGGCCUAUAGGCCGUUUAACCUAUUAUUCAACGUAUCAUUUUCAUUAUUCAUUUGAUAAUACUUCUAAUCAAUCAUUCACAACAAUAACACAUAUGAUUGCUCAUCAGAGAACUAUCUAUCAUGUGCCUUCUGAUUUUACUUGUGAUCUUCAUUUGUCCAAUGAUAAAAAUAACAAUAAAACAUUAAAAUCAGAGAAUUGUCUUUGUUUUUCAAAUGCUACUAGUGUUGAAUUGUUUACAGGUGAAAAGUUUUAUUGUUUGGCCAGUACUGAUUUUGGUUCAAUUAUAAGUAAACCAUUUCAAAUAGCAUUGAAAACUGAGAAGACAUCUAUUCGCCAAAAACUGGUUUAUUAUUUCGGGAGUAUCGCAAUUCUUCCUUGUAAUUUGGAAAAAAUCUAUUUAUCCGAUCAAAUCUUUUUUACUUUUAACAACACAAAAAUUGCUGUUUCUUCAGAUAAUAAAUACAGGUUGGUGCAGCCCACUGUGACUAGUCAUACUAAAUUAUUAAUACGAAAUUUUAAUUUUGAAGAUCAAGGGUUCUAUCAAUGCGGUCUGUUGGAUAGCAAGUUAAAAACUGAGCGAUACGAUAGUAUAACCUAUCACCUUUUAGUUGAUGUCUCUUCCAAUCCUUCGUCAAAAAAUGUUUUAUACAUGAAUUUGGACGGUAGUCUAUUGAAUAUUGAUGCGGUCAAUGACAUUAGGAAACCAAUAGAAAUAAUUGCUUAUGAAAGUCAGAAUAUAACAUUACCUUGCGUAUUCAGUUCUCCAAAACCAUAUGUGCCUAAUGUGAGUCGAGUUAUAGGUAUAUCUAAUGGAAAUCAAAAGUUUGACGCUUUAUUUGGCGUUUUAGAUAUAUAUAGUUUGUCGAAGAAUGAUGAAGGAUUGUACUUCUGUUCGGUUAACAAUAUUACGUCAUAUGCCUAUUUAAAGGUUCUUCCCUCACCUCAAUUAAUCGUUUAUCCGCAGAAUAUUAAAGCGAAUAUAGGUGAUUAUAUUAAUUUAUCAUGUAUAAGUUCUGUAAUUGAUAUAACACCGACUUGGUAUUUCAACGGAAUUCCUGUUCAAUCAACAGUGUCUAUAAAUCCAUACCAUACUUCAUUGUUAAUUAAUUCAAUGCAAUUAUCAAAUGUCGGUAUAUAUCAGUGUAUUCUUGGAAAUGAUGUCAAUAAUAUAUGGAUAGAUGGAAUAAGUACCAUUAUUUUACAUGAACAAUCAUUAUUUACAAAAGAUGAAUUCAAUUCUGCUUUAUCUAAAGUUACAUUUCCUUUAAGUCAUGAUAAGAUUGACUUAUUGAAAGUGAAAAUUGGUAAUAAAAAACAAUUGACAUGUUUAUCACAGUAUAAUUUAGAUCCAUAUCACCAAACAGUUGAUGAUAUUGCAAAAACUCUGCACAAUUUAUUACCUAUUGGAAAUAGUAAUAGUCUAUUGGAACGUUUAAAUAUAUCAUGUCUUUUAAAUUUGAUUCAUGUAAAAUGGUUGAAAGUUGACGGACCAAAUUCAUUAUUAUUAAUAAAUAGUAAUAUUAAUAACAAUAAUAAUAAUGCUUCAAGUCAUAAAUUACAAUGUUCUACACUGUAUGCAAUAGAUAUCAAUGUCACUAGAUCAACUGAUUUUGGUCUAUAUAGUUGUAAUAUAUAUUUCGGUGAACAGUUAAUAUAUGAACGUUAUUUCAGACUUAUGGAAUCUGUUAUUUUAUCGCAUUCAUUGAAUAGCGAUAUAGAAUUUAACCAUUCCACCAGUAAAUUUACGGAUCUUCAUCACAGAAGCUUUAAAAAGAUAGAUAGUUUGUUGCAUAAUGAUCAAGUGACUUAUCCUUUAUAUCGUACGCGUCGUAGUCAAGAUCACAGAGUUAAUAAAUGGUCUUCAUCUUCUGAACAUAUCGGUACACUGCCUUUGUUAAAUUUAUCAUUCCCAAGAAGUUCAUAUGAACAUUUAUAUAAACCGAAUGCGACAACUGUUGGUGACAAUUUAGCUGUACUAAUUAGUUGGAAUUCAAUAAAUUGUGAUUUUUAUCGUAUUGUUCUCAGAUCAAACAUUCCAGAGUCGGAUGGCCUAUUUGAUCGGUCGACAAUUGAUGAAACAGUAGAAGAAUGUUGUAGUCUUGACACAACAUGUUGUUUGAAAAACAAACAUUUCUACUUGACUAAUCGUCAUCCUGGUGAAUUAAUACCAGGAAAAAGUUAUCAAUUUCGUAUAAAUGCUAUUAAACAAAUAAAUAAUGAUGAUCGGUUAGUUGAUAAGAGUCCAUGGUCUGAAACUGUUAGUUUUCAGCAUAUUUCUAAAGUUGCUCCAGUCAUUACAGAAACUGAACGAUUAUCGGAUGGUGGAAUAUUAACUCGUUGGACAUUAGCUACAUCUGCUGUUGGCUUCCCUAUUGAUCAUUUCCUUCUACUCUAUCGUCCAGAAGAACGUUCAGCCAAUGGAAGAAUCACUUAUAAUGGAUUUAAAGCAGUUUUUGUUGAUGGAUCUAAUGCUACAGAGCACAAGCUACAAGCUUUAGAAUCAGGUAAAGGGUAUCAAAUUGUGGUUUACGGCGUGCAUACACCUCCUGGAUUCGACCCACAAUCGACAAUUUUCACAGGUGGAUUGAAUGGACGGAAAAUCACUCAAUUCAGCCAUGAAGUGUUUGUAAAGCCACGUUCAAUUUCAUUAUCUACAAAUGAAAAUUUGAAUAAACACGAUUCAUCAACUCUACGCUCAAUAUCAAAAUCUCGUGAAUUAUAUAAUUCUAAAAAUGUGAUUGCAUUUAAUUCCAAUGAAUCAAAUCGAUUAAUGUUUUUAAUAUUUGGUGCUUUAACCGGUGCAAUGCUUUUAAUUAUGAUUUGUUUAGUUGUAUUAUGUAUAUGGCGUCAAAGACGACGUGAUAAACAUUGUUUAAUAAUGAAUAAUUCUACAAAUGGAUGUAAUGUUAUUUCUUGUAAUUCUUCAAUGAAUACAGUUGAUAAAAGUUUAAAGAAGACAGGUUUCAGUGGAACUGGUGGAUUUUUACUAGAUAAUUUGAAUGCUGCCAGCUUGAUGACUUCAUCUAUUACCUCUUGUGGAAAUCAAGUGAUUGAUGUAAAUGUGGAACAACUACAGUAUAAUGACAGGACAACUUUACCACAUCAACGUUCUCGACCACCACCUAUGAGUCCUGCACCUCCGCCACCGUCAAAUAUACCAAUAUCAUCAUUUCAAUAUUUCACUAGGAAUGAAAAUUUUGAGUUAAAAAGUUUAAUGUUAGACAGUGAUAAUAGUUAUAAUCAUCGACAAUUUAUAGAUAAUAUGUCUAAAUCUGUCUUCGUAACUUCAUCUAAUUUCUAUCCGAAUAAUCUACCUUCGGUAAUAACAUCUCUUUCAUCUUCUCCUAUGUUUUGUACAAUGAUAAAUUGUAAAGGUCAUGAUGUUGUUGUUAAUAAUUCACUUCCAAAGUCUCAUUUAUUAUUAGCAACACCGUCGUCAACAGGAACUAUUACUGUUGGAGUAUCUUCAAAUAAGUCUAUCGGUUCAGUAAAUCGUAUGGAUAACUUAACUAAUCAUGAAAUUUCAAAUUAUUUACUACAAUCUUCAAUAUUAAAUGGCUUAAAACGUGAACCACCAAGCGGUGGUUCAGUGCACGAUGGUACUGAUGAUGAAUCUGUUUUACCUUGUGACAAAAAUCCGAAAACCAAUCUGUCUGAAUAUCCUCAUUCUUAUGAAUUCUGUUCGUAUUCAUAUCAAAAUCCCACUGUAUCUCAUUCUUCACAUCAUAUUGAUGCAAUUAAUAAUAAUGUUCAUGUAAAUGGUAGUGCUGACGAAACAAAUUCAAUUAUUGUAGUUCCUAAUAGAGGAUAUAAUUUAUGUCCAAAUAAUAAUGAAAAAUACCAAUCAAUGCAUCAACAAGUUGAUACACAUUCUAACCCAACUCAUUGUUAUCAUUGUCAGAAACAUUGUCAUCCAGGUGAUAAUUCUCGUUCACCGAAUAUAUUUGUCAAUGUGGACCAUAUGUCGAGUGAAAAUUAUCAAGGUCAACAAUAUCCAUCAAAUAUUAUGUUUACAUCAACUAUACCAAAUUAUGAUCCUGGUCUACUCACUCCACCAUCUCCAGAUAUUGUCAAUGUGAAUGAAGUGCAUAAUGAUAAUAAUAGUAAUAGUACUAAUUAUAAUCAUAAUUCUAGUAACAAUUAUGCAACAAACCUGUACGAUAAUCACCCAUGUCCUAAUGUGGUUCUUCACACAAGACGUCGUCAUCCUCGUUCAAAUUCAUGCCAAUUUAAUCAGCCGCAACAAUCACUUUCAUCAUUAUUUAUUCACCCUGCAAUGAUUACUAGCUAUAAUAAUAGUUCAGAAAAGAACGUAAAAUACUUUGGCUUGAGUCAACCAAUCAAUCAUUAUUGUCAUCGUAAUCAUUGUUCAAUUCCUUGUGCCAGUAAUUCACAACAGAACUUCAAUGUUUCUUUAUCCAAAUAGUAAUAUAAAUCAUAUCAAUAUUUCUUAUUAUCACAGUGUCGUGUUGUUAUUCUUUACUACUCACCUCAGGUUUACUAAUUUCAAUCAAGUUUCGAAUUGAAAAGAAAUGCUUUUUACGUUUUUUUCUUCUGAUUCAAUUAUUAUCAGGUAGAUGUACAGGUUGUUUUACUCCUUCCAAUUUAAUGUUCGUUUGCCUCUGAAUAUGAUUAUUCAUGAUUAAUUUUAGUCAUUCAAUACACACAAAUUUUUGAAAUGUUGGUUGGAACAAUUUGAAAAUAUAGGUUGUUUGUGUGUCGAGGGAUAUUUAGAGUGUUGGCUCAGUCAUUAAAUCAUAGCUUCGAACUCUUCUCCUACUUCAGUUUUCCCAAGCGAUUAGUACCGCUAGCUCUCACACUUAGAAUGUGGCUGAAAGUGAAGUACAUAAAUCUGUUUCUAGUGAAUUAGUUAAUCAUCCAAGACAGAUUUCAUAGACAAUUUUAUUUACAAAGAUAUGAAAUCUGAAAUAUACGUCGUGUAAUACCAUGAUAUUCAAUUUAGCUGUUUCAUUUAAAUAAUUAACCUGAAGCAAAGCUAUGUAAAGUUGGAAUAAAUGGAGUUUUGUAUAGUUGCUGGAAAUAAGUUAGUGUUUUUUCUCACAAUUGAUAAUUAUAAGUUGAGAUAGGUUUCCAUGUUUAUAGAAUGGAUCCAUUAGAAUAUAACAAAUCGCUGACUCUGUGUUAGCACCUGAAAUCGGUAAUAUUUACUGAUCAAAUGUGUUGUUCAUUAUGAAAGUUUGAAAACAUUUUAAUUUUUAAAAGAACUGCGUUUUACUUCUGAUAUCUCUGUACGUUUCUAAUGGACUGGAUAAAAUAUAACUUUCAAAAUUAGUCAGUUAGUUCCAUUGUGGAUUAUUAUUUUUGUUAACUCAUUUACCGGGUAAAGAUUCGUGUAUUUGACUUCGAGCUGCUCUCCAAAUGUCAGAGUUGAUGAUACAAAUUGAUUGUUUAUACCGAAGAAGUUGAAACGGAGUUCUGUAUCUUCCAUUUAGUGAACGAAUGUUGAACAACUCAAUUAUCGACCUUUGGUCCAUCGUGGAUUGAUGUCAAUUAGAAAACUGUUUAAAAAUCUGCAGCCAAUGAAGAUCUCUUUAUAAAAAUUUUAGUCAACAACUUUUCUACAGUGUAUACAUACACAUUUGCAGAUGGUACAGCGUUUUCUACUUUUCAUUGCAAAAUUAUAACUCACAUAAUCAAUAAAUUGAAAUGUGAUUUAGUUAUAUACCGUUAGCAUAGACUGAUGAAUGUGAAUUAAUUGCUAUCAUACUAUCGCUAAAACUGAAAUUUAGAGUUAAAUCCUUCCUAUACUACAUCCUUAUAUACAGCCUUUCUUUUAUAUAUUUCCACCACUAAAUUAACUAAUUCUAUGAAUCCGGUGUUCAUCUUGUUGUGUUAACGAGGUAUGACAACUUAGACCGAUGCAUAAAUGUGCCUGGUCCUACGUUGUAGCUGACUGACUAAGAGUUAAAUUUGAUAUAAAGUCGUUGAUGCUUACUUUUGAAAAAAUUUUCCAAACUAAAUCAGUCCAUGUGUUCAAAACUUUCUACUUCUAAAUGAUAGACAACUGAUUUCCUAAACUUGUUAUAUAUAUAUCAAAUUCGUUUUGGCAUAGUUGAUCGUUUUUCCUUUUUUUUAAUAUACAUUUGGCAGGUAUCCAAUUAAUAUUCCUACAAAAAAAAAGAAGUCAACCUACUCAGGAAAUUUUUAGUCCAUAUCUUUUCUGCUUACUUUUAAACUUCUUCCAUCUUUUAAAAUUAUCAUCAUUUUUGUUCAAAGGGUUGAUCGAAGUCUGUUGAAAUGAUCAAAAAGGUAUAUACCUUGUAUAUACAUUGAAAUAUAAUUCUCUUUCAAUUUGUUUAUCAUAAUAUUAACUAGAUUCUGCAAACUUUUUUUUUCUAAUCACUUGUUUUCAUUUGUUUACUUCAUUUUUAAUUAUAUUUCUCUGCUUCAUUUUUUUCCACUUAUCAUAAAUAUGAACAACGUAUAUCCAUAUAUAUGUAACCAUGGUAACAAAGGGGAAUACAACAAUGUUUUAUAAUUUUCCUUUUAUAAAAAAAGUCAUUUAUGCUUCUUUAAUUUUCUUUUUUUAAAAAAAAAAAACUUGGCAAAUAUAAGUGUACAGUGUAUAUUUAUUUUAUUGCAAUUAGUAUAUAUACAUAUGGAUUGUUUAUAUUUUCUAAGUGCAUUUCUUAUUUAAUUAUGGUUACAUGGUGUUUUUUCUCUCGUUUCGUUCUUUUUUUUCUUUCCCAAAGAAAAAAAAUAAUGAUCUAAUUAAUUUCAAGUGUCUUUUUUUUAAUUACUAAUUUGUGUGUAAUUUUGUAAAUAAAAUUUUCUUUACUA